AUGGCUAGUGAAAAUAAUAUUUCAACAAUUCAUCUAACCGUGCGUAAUGAAUUAUUUGAAUUGUCAUCAUCGUUAUUUCGUCAACUUAUUGAAUAUUCAUCAAAUUUUGAUUUAACUAUUUCUAUUCCAGAUAAACAACAUAAAAUUUAUAUCGAUGUUGAUCCAUGUAUUUUUAAUUCUUAUCUACUUUUUAUUCAAUCCGGUUGUUUUAUUCGACCUGAUCAUUUAUCUCAAGAAGAUUUGAUUAAUGGAUUACGUACAUGUGGUGCACCAAAUAUUUUACUUAAUCAUUAUGAACAUUGUGAUUUAAUGUCAAGUCUUUCUCUACAUCAAUAUUCAUAUCAUUCAAUAAAUAAAAUAAAAUUUACUCGACAAACAUGGUUGAGUUUAUUAAUUCUAAGUGAGCUCUUUAUUUCCACAUGUAUUUUAACAAUUGAUCUCUAUCGGCAAAUAUUAAUAUUUAAUAAAAAUUCAUUUCAAGAAACAUCAAAAAUAUUAAUUACUCUGACAUAUGUAAUUGAUGGAAUAUUAUUUUUCUAUUCAAGUGUACAUUGUAUUUUAAAAUUUCGAAAAGGAAUACAAUUCAAUAAAGAUUUUAAUUUUUUUGUCGAUAUUAUUUCAUGUUUAGGUAUAUUAUGUUAUUUCACAAUCCAACGUCCAAUUACAAAUAUUUCUUUAUCUUAUUGGAAUUCAUUAUGGAUUUUUAUUCAUCUAUGUCGUUCCAUUCGUUUAUUACAAAUAGGUUAUCGUUUAAUAGAUAUUCAAUGGUGUUUAUAUGCUAUUAGUCAAUGUUUAUGGACAUUUUUUCAAACAAUAAUUGCACUUUUUUGGAUAUUUAUUUUUUCCGGUUCAAUUUUAUAUCUAAUGGAUAUUAUAGAAAAUAAUCAACAAUAUUUAAAUAUUUAUUCAGCAAUUCUUUCUGCACAUGAAACAUUAUAUACAAUUGGAUAUAGAAAUAAUGCACCAUACGGACGUUUGACACGUUUAUGGACAAUUUUAAGUAUUUAUUAUUUAUCAUCACUUGUACAAAUACUUUGUUGGUGGUUUCAAACAAAAGUUACAAUUCAAUGGAAAAAAUUACUAGAUAAUGAAAAACAGAAACUAUAUGAUGAAUAUAUCAUUGAUUUGAAAUGA